GGAACUCGUAGUGUCUCUACUCGAAGCAGAUAUUGCCGAGACCUCUAUUGCUGCAGAAGAAACGCCUCAUGAGGUAGUUCACUCAACAUCGGUGGAAGGGGAUGUCGUGGUACCAGAAGGAGCAGAUCAGAAGGAUGAGGGAGUUUUAGCAGGAUCUCCUUCUGAUUCUGUAGAGAAGAUGCAUGAAGAGGAGGUGCGUAAGGAGAUUCUUGUAGGUAUUAACACAGAACAAGUAGAAGGGGUGGAAGUAGGCGACGCCGACGAUGCUCAAAGAAUAGCCGAGCCACCACUGGAAGAAGCAGAAGCUGAUGCUAAAGAAAGCAGUGUUGACCAAUCACCUCAGGAGGACCCCUCGGCAGCCGACCCGGCUCUUUCUAUUUCUGCUGUCGAUGAACGCUCAGUAUUCGUUUUUUCCUCUGUCGUUGAUGAUGAACAGGCAGUCUCUGUGCGCGAACCAGAACUACUUGAGGAACAUCCAGUGGAGACAACGAGUCUGCAAGAAGUAGAGGGAGGAACGACGCCACAAGAAGUAAAGGGAGGCAGGGAUGACGUGGUUGAAGCCGUAGGCCCCGCAGUUGAGGAUGCAAAGAGCAUUGCAAGAGUGGGAGAACAUACAGAAGAAGAUAAUGCUGCUUCUGGCAUUGCCGUACUAGAGAACGGGCAUUGCCUUGAGGAGGAGGACGACUGUAGGAUAAAGAAAGGUCAAAGCAAAAUACAGAAAGGUCAAGAAGAUGAGGGUAUCCACCCACGACCGACGGAGGCUAACGGUCCUGGCGAAGCCGAUUCUUCUGCAGAACCAGCCUAUCUUCUGAGCGUAGAAGAGCCUUCAUCUCCUGUAAAAGAUGGAGAACAGGAAGACCAGCAUUGUUGUAGUCAGGAAGUUACAGAUAAGCUGGAACAACAGGAAUCGGCAUCGGAUACUGUAGUGGAAUCACAGCUCAGUGCGCCAAAAGGACAGCAGCCAGAUAAGCAAUCUACUUCCGACAAGGAUAGUUACACCGAAGAGUGCAUCGCGAGUUGGACCAACAUAGUUUCGCAGGUUUGCGCAAAAGCUCGCGCUCGUCAACGUGCUUUCUCAAUGCGAGUUUCGCUAUUUGAGAGGAAAAUGCUUCUGCAAUCCUCAACUUCCACAUCAUCGCAAAAAUCAGUGCAACGUGGUAGUGCAUCAGCGGUAGCUGCGGCUAGAAGUACUAUUUCACAAUCCUUGUCUUUGACGGAAAGACGCGCAACGCUUCCUGCUGUGGGUCAGAAGAGAGGAAACUCAUGGGUCGGAGCAGACUACUUAAAUCGCGCUUCGGAGCAGACUACUUCAUCUUGUACAAAUAAUCAAAAUACAACUACUGCUAGAGGUUUUGUUGUAGAUGACCGUUCUAGCAGCACCGCACCAACAGCAAAGAAACUAACAGAGGUAACACUGAAGGACUUAUCAACUCAAGACACCCAGAUUUUCGAAUCAGAGCAGCCGACUUCCCAAUGCACGACGCAUGCUCCGGUCUCUGAGGAUAAUUGUCACGAUCAGACGGCGGCACCGAGCAGUGGUUUAGAAAAUGGACCUGGAGCUUGUUUAGAGCCAGCAAGUAAAGAGAAAGAGAUCACAGAAUCUUCUACAUCGUCAACUGCUCAAAUAUCGGCGUCGAGAGCUUCAUCUGCAACAAAAGAAGCUGGCCCAUCUCCGACACCCAAGCAAGACACGCCUCCGCAAGUAUCCUCAUCUUCUUCCUCCACGCCAGAAGAACCUUUGAUCCCACAGCCUCUCGAGGCGCCUCCUCCUGCUCCACCACCACCACCACCUCCUCUCACGAAGAAAAGGGUCAUAUGUGCUGCUAUUUCUGGAGCUGUGAGGCAAUUGCUCGCGAUACCUGAUCCCCCAUUGGGCUCACUAGAGGACAAGACUGUGAAGCCGCGCC